GGAACAAAGAAGACCAGAACUGGGCUCAUGUGACGCCUCACAAGCUCACAAGCCUCAGGUUAAAAGAACCUUUGAGAAUCAAAAGGCAGAAGAAGAGAUUCCCGAGGAGGUGGCGGAAAGUGAUUCGAUCGAAGUCGAAACAGGAGAGUUAAGACAAAGCCAGCCGAGUAUGGCCAAUACUAUUAGCAACAUGAAGAUGACUAAUCCCAUAAAGGGGCUAGUUAGCAAACGCCGCAAACGUUUCACAGAAGAUGGUUUUAAUCUUGAUCUCACAUAUAUAAAAGCGAAUUUAAUAGCGAUGGGGUUUCCUGCUGAGAAACUGGAAGGAGUGUAUAGAAAUCAUAUUGAUGACGUUGUUAAACUACUGGAAUCGAAACAUAAAGAUCAUUAUAAGAUUUAUAAUCUGUGUUCCGAGAGAUCGUAUGAUUGCAAAAAGUUCAAGCAGAGAGUGGCUACUUAUGCAUUCGAUGAUCACAAUCCACCAAAGCUGGAGCAGAUUAAGCCUUUCUGUGAGGACGUGCAGUCGUGGUUAUCCCAAGAUAAGGACAAUGUCGCCGCAGUUCAUUGUAAGGCGGGCAAAGGUCGAACGGGUGUAAUGGUGUGCUGCUAUUUACUUCACAGCAAACAGUUUCCCACUGCCACGGAAGCCCUUAAUUAUUAUGGAACUAAACGGACUCACGAUAGGAAAGGCGUAACGAUACCAUCGCAGAGAAGGUAUGUGGAUUAUUAUGCCACCCUCCUUCAAGAAGGUGUCAGUUAUGAACCAGUGACAUUAUUAUUGCGUAAAAUACAAUUGGAUCCGGCUCCUAUUUUCAACGGAGGUCAAGGCUGUCUGCAUUUUGUAAUCUCGGAAUCAAAUAACAGGAUAUUUUCUGAUGAUUACGAGGUUCGGAAAGGUACAUCUUCUAUAUGCAUCCCAUUGCAACACACUGUCGCUCUAACGGGAGAUAUACGAGUGGAGUUCUAUAAUUAUAAGCCAAAAAUGAAACGAAAGGAAAAGAUGUUUCAUUUUUGGUUUAACACAUUUUUCGUUCGUGACAAAACGAAUUCCGAGUGCGACAAUGGUGAUUUACAUGUUGAAAGAUCGGCGAGGGCAUUUAGCUGCGACGGCACAGCCAUGGAAUUACCAAUGGUUAUGUCGCAUGUGAAACCUAGAACUGGAUCAUUGGCGAGCCUUGGUCCUAUGCCGCCCACUCUCGUUUUACGGAUAGAUAAGUCAGGAUUGGACAAAGUACACAAGGAUAAAAAUCACAAACUAUACAGUCCGGAUUUUAAAGUGAGUCUAUUUAUGCAUAGCGUGGGCGGAAACAUAUCGCCAGCUGUGCCAGCGACGACGAACAGAGGUGGCGAUGGUGUGCAACUGGGGAUGGGCGGGCAGGAGACGCCGAGCGAGUCGAGCGAGGCGGACAGCAGCGAGUGUGACACUACCGGUGACGAAGACGGUUGGGAAUCCGGUGAGUCCUCUGCAUCCCUGGUGGUGAACCACCAACACCACCACCCUCUUACACACAGCAGUAGCCGUACACACGUUAGCAGUCUCCGUCCGCGAUGCAAUCUCAAGGAGACUGCCAAGGGUCUGCUGUCGCGCGGUGACAAGAAUCGGAACAGUAACAGGCAGAGCGUUUCCGGUGCGAGCGCGAAACAUUCCUCCGCACCGUUCGCGCGCUCAGCCACUCUCGACACGUAG